AUGAUUAUCGCAUCCCGACGAAACUUGCAUGACGUGAGUAUGCGCAGGGCACCGGCUACGCUGUCCAGUGGCAGCCUGCGAGUGCCAUUACUCGACUCUCCGUUACCGUCUCCCAGUCUACCCGCUGUGCUGCCUCGGCAAGGUAAAAAACCGUUGCCAAGGUGGCUAAUACGCCUUCGAAGGCUCGCUGUGUGGAUUGGAUGUCUGGUUGGAAUAUUCUUCUGCUUACAAUCUACCCCUUUGUUUACACGGCUUUAUCCAGCCACACCGGUGGCAGAGGCCGGAAGCUAUGAGAUUGUUGAGAGUGAUACACUGCCAGCGGUGGCCGGCCCAGUUCUUGUGGAUGAUGAACGUGGAAGGGCAAGGUGGACUGUCUCCCUUCCGGAGAAUCUCGAUUACCCUCUCUCUCCUGCAGAGUAUAGAAAAAUAUGCUCAGAGGCUGAGGCAAUGGCAUUCCAUCUAGCCGACGGAAAAGAAUCCAGUGGAUAUUACCAUGUGGAUAAGAAUUACAUCGAUAUUGAUGAGGCAAAGCAGCGGGAUAUCAUCCCAUCCAAGCUGAAUGGACGCACUCCCAGAAAUGUUGCAGAUAAUGUUGUUGGUGGAGAGAAAUAUCUCAGGAUGCGGGAUACUAUGGCUGUCUGUAAGAAGAGCUUGACAUUCGUGAUGCAGACGGAGGACGCAGGCCUGGGGGCUACCCUGAUGUCAUUAUGGAUGAGCUAUGGCCUUGCAAAGAAAGAAGGACGGUCAUUUUUCAUUGACGACAAGAACUGGCCUUAUGGCAGAUAUACCAACUAUUUCAAGCAACCCCCGUUGCCCGACUGCCAGCCUCCCCCGGUUUCACAUAGGACCCCAUACCCUCACCACGCACGUCAUCUCCUUGUAUCCUCGGCCACUGCUCAAUGGACUUUUGGUACCAAGUUUAAUGAACAGUUCGAAAGUCCACGAAAGGUAGGCGCUGACCGGCAAAAGGAAAUGUUCAAAUUUCUCCGUGCGGGAUACGAAGCACUCUUCCACAUUGACAGCGAUGAUGCAAAGUACAUUGAGCAACGAAUGGCGGAGAUACGAAGUUCUAUUCCAAAGGGCGGCGGCCCCCUGAUUAGCAUCCAUGUCCGCCAUGGUGAUCGCCAUCCAUUCGAGUUCCAGUACGAGAAAUCCUACAUCCCACUCGAUAUAUACGUCGAUGCGGCAAAUGACUUGGUCACCUCCUUUUACAACCAGAGGUCUAUAUUUUCCUACAGCAUCAACAGCAGUAGUAGCAAGAAGGCCUCAGAGGCUCAGUACAGAGCUACAUCGAGCAUGAUUCUCGCCUCGGAUGACCCAGAGACUUAUUCUUCUCCUGAAAUGAAAGGCAUCAUCAAGGCCCAGUCCAGCCUUUCAUUAAGCAGUGACAGUCCCCUGGAUGGGUUACAAGAGUUCACUGAGGAGCCCAGCGGUAAAUCUGCCAAAAUUGUUGCCAAAAAGCCACCAAAAGACUCUAAAAUUGACUGGGAUGGAGGCUUCUUCAACAGCAUCUUCUGGUCACUUGGGGAUACUUCUCUCAUCCCUUCGGCAGAAGGCAGCCCUUCCGCAUCCCAGGGCACGUCUUCAGUCUUUCCUCCACAUCGCGUUGUCCGCGAAUCUGAAUAUGACAGACUUCGUUUCAACCCAUCUGCCGAGGCUCUCCGGCUGCGCGAGCUGGUUGCUAAAACAUAUCUUACCGACCUAUCACUUCUAGCGGAAGGUGAUGGUGUUGUUUGUGCUGUCAGUAGCAUUACAUGCCGGCUAUUAGCUGUCAUGCUAGGGUGGAACAAGGCAAUCGCACAAGGAGGCUGGAAGAAUGUCGAUGGGAAGAUGGACUGGAUAGGAAUCGUUUGA